CAAGAUGUGUAACAGCGAUCUCUCAAAUGGUUUGUCACCGGGCUAAAGUGACCGAUAUGAGAUAAAUUAACCUAAGAAGGUGCAGUUUGUGAUGUAGUUCAUAGUUAGAUUACCAAAACGUCCAAAAAUAUAACAAGGGGACUCACCAACGUGAUGUCCAAACCCCACAAUAUCAAACAACGCCACUGUAAGAUUUCUGCAUUAACAACAUGAACAUGAGUGAUAGUUCAACCGACUGGCCACACUGGCGCUGGGAUUGGGAGCGCAUGUGUGGGCCGGGAGGUUUGAAAAUUUGGUCGCAGCCUCGACACGACUUAGGGCUGUGUUUCCAAGAGUUGUACCUCCAGAUCCCCGUUCUGGGGCUCUUUGCCAGUGCCUCGGCCUACUACGUUGGGCGCCACACCGGGUACGUGACCAGAGGCCGCGUCCAGCUCUAUGCCAUCUACUUCCGGUGUUUGGUGUCUCUGUGUUUGGCCCUACUUCCGCUUUUACAGAUUUACAUUGAUCUGAAUAUCAGGCAGGAGGUUUACUACGUUUCGUAUUUUCUUUGCGCUGUGCAAGGAAUAGCGUGGUUUUGCCAUUUCUUGUACGCGUUAGUUCUGAGGAAGAGGCUAGGGCUGAGCCCUCGCGGGCCGGUGUUUGUGUGCGUGCUGUGGACUUUAUUGCUCGUUUUGAACGUGGUUUCGGUGCGAAGCCACGUUCUGGUGUAUAAGUAUUCGGAGAAACCGGGGUUUAGUGUGUAUGUGGCGUAUGGGUUCAGUGUUUGUCAGAUAAUCCUACAGAUUGUUUAUGGUCUAACUCUUGUUCCGAGUGAAGGGAGUACCACGUAUCUUAAUUUCGCGGAUAGAUAUACUGAGAUAGGGGAGACUCAGCCAUUACUGAGCAAUGCCUAUAUCAGGUUUACGGAAGAGGGGGAUCCCAGUUAUUUGGGAGUGGCCAUGGAGAAUGUCACGUGGCUCUCAAGACUGUUAUUCUAUUGGGUCAAUCCUUUGAUGGAGAAAGGGGUACAAGGGAAAUUAAACAAUUCUGAAGAUUUGUACGAUCUACCCUUCUCCCUUAAUUGUGGUACCGUUAGUACCAAGCUUGAUAAAGCCUUAACUGGCAAUGUUGAUGAGAUAAGAAGACGACAAUUAACAGCUUCGGUUUCAAGUCAGUCGACACCUACCUCACCUGAUGUCACUUUUAUCGGCGUGAGGCGACACAACGUGUCUUUAUUCAAAGCGCUCCACAAGUGUUUUUGGGUACAAUUUUACAGUAUCGGUGUUUUGAAAUUUAUAGCAGACUGUGCCGGUUUUGCUUCCCCCAUGUUGCUUAACCGCCUAGUUAACUUCAUCGAAGAUAAGUCCGAAGACAUAAAAUGGGGCUACUUGUACGCCUUUCUUUUAAUGACAGUCACUUUAAUUUCGUCGUUCUGCGACUCGCAUUUCAAUUUCCUGAUGUCGAUGGUCGGCCUGCGAAUGCGUGGAGCUUUAGUUACCACGAUUUACCGUAAAACACUAACCGUGAGCGAGACCGUUCUAAAUUCGGCUUUUUCGCUCGGAGAGAUUGUAAAUUUCAUGUCGACUGACACGGACCGAAUCGUCAAUUCGUGUCCGAGCUUCCAUUCUUUCUGGAGUAUUCCCUUCCAACUCGUUAUAACUUUAUACCUCUUGUACAGCCAAGUCGGUUUAGCGUUUAUUUCCGGCGUCUUGUUCAGUAUCGUACUAAUCCCGAUAAACAAGCUAAUUGCGAAUAAAAUCGGACAAUUGAGUACGAAGCUAAUGAAAGAAAAAGAUGCGCGCGUAAAGAUGGUGACUGAAGUAUUACGAGGGAUUAAAGCCAUUAAAUUGUACGUUUGGGAGCAGCAUUUCGUGCGUAUUAUCACAAAAUUAAGAGACAAAGAAUUGAAAUAUCUCAAAGGGAGGAAAUAUCUCGACGCUCUUUGCGUGUAUUUUUGGGCCACGACACCAGUCCUCAUCUCGAUACUCACAUUCGCGACUUACGUACUUUUGGGGAAUAAAUUAACGGCAGCUACCGUUUUCACCGGCAUUGCCUUACUCAACAUGCUCAUAAGUCCGCUCAAUGCGUUUCCGUGGGUCCUCAACGGACUCACCGAAGCGUGGGUGUCCCUCAAAAGAAUACAAAGGCUGCUCGAUUUAGAGGACUUGGACUUGGAAGUGUUCUAUAACGAGACGCUCCUAGAGACCGGGCAAAAUAGCGACAUUAUUAUCAAAAACGCCAUUUUUAACUGGGGUAGGGAGCUAACAGUCGAGGAGAAAAACAAGCUACAUCAGGCGUCAAAACAAACGAAGGGCAAAGGUAAGGGCAAACGCACGUUCAAGAGCGACCCGAUUGAGGCCGAAGGGACGGUUUUCUGCCUCCACAACAUCAACCUCAAAGUCAGGAAGGGUGAGUUUGUGGGGGUGAUUGGUUCGGUUGGUUGCGGCAAGUCGUCCCUUCUGUCGGCCAUUUUGGCCGAACUGAAGAUGCAACAGGGCGAAAUCGCAGUGAGCCAGGUGGAGUCCGGUUUCGGGUUCGUUACGCAACAACCAUGGCUCCAGAGAGGCACCUUGCGGGACAACAUCCUCUUCGGGAAAGCCUUCGAGGAUAAUCGGUAUAAAUCGGUCCUGUUUGCUUGUGGCCUGGCUGAGGAUAUCUACCUCCUGCCCGGUGGUGACUUGACUGGGGUUGGCGAAGGCGGAAUGACCCUCUCCGGGGGCCAGAAGGCCCGUGUUGCUCUAGCAAGAGCCGUGUACCAAGACAAGGCCGUGUAUUUACUGGACGAUGUUUUGUCGGCCGUGGACACGAAAGUUGCCAGACAUAUCUUCCAGCACUGCAUUAUGGGUCUGUUGAAGAACAAAACCAAGGUUUUGUGCACCCACCAUGUCAAUUAUUUGGUGCAUUGUGACCGGAUUGUGUUGAUGGAGAACGGGGUUGUAAAACAGCAAGGGAAACCCGCCGAUGUGCUCACUAACAUUGACGACAUGCUGCCGAUUGAAUUAGAGUUGGGUGAAAGUGUCCAAUCGAACGUUUCGUUCCUGGAAAGUAUCCAGAUUGAGAGAAGUGAGGGGGAAAAUGAUAGUCUCCUGUUGGAGGAAGUCAGUGAAACUGGAACUGUUGAAUUCAACGUCUAUGCCACCUAUUGGAAGUCUAUAGGACAUGGACUCGCAUUUAUGAUCCUUUUGGCGGUCAGUGUGAUGCAAACGUCGCGGAACAUGACCGACUGGUGGAUGUCCAAGUGGGUUAGCGACACGAACCCGAGCGAGAAUUUGAGUCAAUUCUACGACGAUCAAUUGAGCGAAGGGAAUUUCUUUGAGGGAUUUUUAGAUUCUAAUCCCAUGUCUUAUUAUCUAAGGAUUUACAUUGAAUUGGCGUGCGUUAACACAGUUUUUACACUGUUUCGGGCGUUUUUGUUCGCCUACGGCGGAGUUGUGGCCGCUUCGCGGAUUCACAAGAUGCUCCUCAGGUCGGUCCUGAAGGGCAAAACGACUUUCUUCGACACUUCGCCGAUCGGUCGCAUCUUGAACCGUUUUUCCAGCGAUACGUACACAGUGGACGACUCUUUGCCCUUUAUUAUAAACAUCCUGUUGGCUCAAUUUUUCGGCUUGUUGGGAACUGUCGUUAUAACGAUUUACGGUUUGCCUUGGAUUUGCCUCGUGCUGAUCCCUCUAAUUCCCGUCUAUCACUGGCUGCAGUACACUUACCGUUUGACGUCUCGUGAACUAAAAAGAAUAUCAAGUGUGACCCUUUCGCCGGUUUAUAGCCACUUUAACGAGUCAUUACAAGGUUUAACAACCAUACGUGCCAUGCGAGCAACGCAACGUUUCAAACGCGACAACGAAGACAACGUUGACGCCAACAUCAAAGCGCAGUUUGCCAGCCAAGCAGCUGCUCGCUGGCUGGGCCUGAGACUGCAAUUUAUCGGAGUUGCGAUGGUUUCGGGCGUUAGUUUCAUCGCGAUAAUUCAGCACCAGUACGACGUCGCUGAUCCAGGUCUCGUCGGUUUGGCUCUUUCGUAUGCGCUUUCCGUAACUUCGGCCCUAAACGGCGUCGUUAACGCAUUCACGGAGACGGAACGCGAAAUGAUCGCCGUUGAAAGAGUCAACCAAUACAUCAAGGACAUCCCUCCAGAGAGCACACACUUCGUGGUCGACCCGCCCUUCGGCUGGCCCAGCCAGGGCGUCAUCGCCUUCAAGAACGUGGUCUUGAAGUACCGAGAGCACUUGCCGCCCUCGCUGCGGUUCGUGUCGUUCGAGACGCGCCCCUCGGAGAAGAUCGGCGUCGUGGGGAGGACCGGAGCCGGCAAAAGCUCGCUCCUGUCGGCGCUUUUUCGUCUGGUUGAGCUCCACUCCGGCGAGAUUUCAAUCGAUUCGGUUAAUAUUUCCCGAGUUUCGUUGCAGGCUUUGAGGUCGCGUUUGUUUUGUAUACCGCAAGAGCCCUUCCUGUUCAGCGGGACGCUGAAGGAGAAUCUGGACCCGUUGGGGGAGUUCAGGGAGGAUGAGGUUUGGGACGCUUUGAAGAAAGUUAAUUUGACUGAGACGAUUCGGCGCUUGGGGGGGCUGGAGAACGCCGUGGUGGGGGCGGGAGCCAACUUUUCCGUGGGACAGAAACAAUUGAUUUGUUUAGCCAGGGCGGUGUUGCACAAUGCGAAGAUUUUGUGUAUUGAUGAAGCCACGGCGAAUGUUGACAGAGAGACCGACCGGCAAAUCCAGCAAACUUUGAGGGCGGCGUUUCGCAAAAGCACAGUUUUGACUAUUGCUCAUAGAGUUCAAACUAUUCUGGACUGUGAUAGGGUUCUGGUAAUGCAUGAUGGACAGGUCGUUGAGUUUGAUCAACCUGAUAACUUAUUAGCGAAACCGCACUCGCUUUUUUACCAAUUAGUUAAUCAAGAGUGAUUUUUUACGUCAUCGUUAUGUAUUAUUUAUGCCAUAUAUUUUAUAAAUAAAACAUUAACGUUA